CCUCCCACCGCUCCAGCGUCUGGUUUCCAUGGGGACCCUCGCCGGGCUCACCCACGCGUCACUUCCGGGGAACUUACGCCCCAAAAGAUGGCGGCCUUGUUGGAGGACAGGAAUCUUCAGAAUGUGCGGCGCCGGUUUGAGCAGCAGGCUGAGUCCUUCCUGAGGGAGGCCGAGGUGGCAGAGGCCGAUGGUGAUGAAGAUGAAAGGAAAAAACAAAAGCCUCUUCCUAGAGUAAACAUCCAUUCAGCGUUUUGGAUAUUGGCGGCAGUUGCUGUCACACACUACGUUGACUUCCUGCCGGUUGUCCUACUAAACUUACAAGAAGGAUGGUACAUGGCUUCUGGUGGGCACAGUGUCUCUGGCUGUCAGUAUGUCCAUUGCUCUCUAUUGCAUCAUUUAUUUGGAAUGGUAUCGUGGGAUUUGUGAUUAUGAUGCCAAGUAUCCGGGGCUUGUACCUGUUGCAAUUCUAACUUUCCUAGUAGCUGCAGUAUGUUUCAAUGUUUCCUUAUGGCCGGUGUGGUCCUUUUUUACACCACUGAUACUGUUUACACAGUUUAUGGGUUUUGUCAUGCUGGUCUCACUGCUUGGAUGA